CCGCGCGCCGGCGUCCGCUGCGUCUCCGGCAUUUGAAUCGCGCUUCCGCCAUCUUUCCAGCUUCAGUCGGACAGGCGCGGAGACUCUUCUGGAAGGAUCGCCGCGAUGGCCGCCCAGGGAGAGCCGCAGGUCCAGUUCAAGCUCGUCCUGGUGGGCGACGGCGGCACCGGGAAGACGACGUUCGUGAAGCGCCACUUGACGGGCGAGUUUGAGAAGAAGUAUGUAGCCACCCUGGGCGUGGAGGUGCACCCGCUCGUCUUCCAUACCAACAGAGGACCCAUCAAGUUCAACGUGUGGGACACAGCCGGCCAGGAGAAGUUCGGGGGCCUGCGCGAUGGCUACUACAUCCAAGCCCAGUGUGCCAUUAUAAUGUUUGACGUAACAUCAAGAGUUACUUACAAGAACGUACCUAACUGGCAUAGAGAUCUGGUACGCGUGUGUGAAAACAUCCCCAUUGUAUUGUGUGGCAACAAAGUGGAUAUUAAAGACAGGAAAGUGAAGGCAAAAUCUAUUGUCUUCCACCGAAAGAAGAAUCUUCAGUACUAUGACAUUUCUGCCAAAAGUAACUACAACUUUGAAAAGCCUUUCCUCUGGCUUGCCAGAAAGCUCAUUGGAGAUCCUAACUUGGAGUUCGUUGCCAUGCCUGCUCUUGCCCCACCUGAGGUGGUCAUGGACCCAGCUUUGGCAGCACAGUACGAGCAUGAUUUAGAGGUUGCUCAGACGACUGCGCUCCCGGAUGAGGAUGACGACCUGUGAGAAAAUGAAGCUGGAGCCCUGCGUCAGAAGUCUAGUUUUAUAGGCAACUGUCCUGUGAUGUCAGCGGUGCAGCGCGUGUGCCACCUUAUUUAGCUAAGCAGAUCGUGUACUUCAUUGGGAUGCUGAAAGAUGAAUGGGCUUCGAGUGAAUGUGGCAGUUAAACAUACCGUCAUUUUUUGGACUUGCAUAUUUAGCUGUUUGGAACAGAGUUGUUUCCUUCCUGAAUUUCAAAGAUAAGACUGCUGCAGUCGCAUCACAAUAUUCAGUGGUGAAAUCUUGUUUGUUACUGUCAUUCCCAUUCUUUUCGUUUAGAAUCAGAAUAAAGUUGUAUUUCAAAUAAUCUAAA